AGCGUGGCGAGAGGCGUGGGAGGAAGGCUCUGCUCUCGCGAGAACUCUGCCUUUGAACCCAGGUCUGUAUCCAUAGGUGUCAGUCCAUCCAGGAUCCCCUCGGUUCCUCCGGAGAAGCUCUUCGAACUGGAACAGUGAGCAGAAUGAAUACCUCCCAGGACCAGAGCAGCUGCUCCAGUAAUAGAGAAGCCCUUUUGAGAUGUAGUGAUGCACGGAGGGACUUGGAGCUUGCUAUUGGUGGAGUUCUUCGGGCUGAACAGCAAAUUAAAGAUAACUUGCGAGAGGUGAAAGCUCAGAUUCACAGUUGCAUAAGCCGUCACCUGGAAUGCCUUCGGAGCCGUGAGGUAUGGUUAUAUGAACAGGUAGAUCUCAUCUAUCAACUUAAAGAGGAGACACUUCAGCAGCAGGCUCAGCAGCUCUACUGGUUACUGGGCCAAUUCAACUGUCUUAUCCAUCAACUGGAGUGUACCCAAAACAGAGAUCUUGCCAAUCAAGUCUCUGUGUGCCUGGAGAGAUUGGGCAGUUUGACCCUGAAGCCUGAAGAUUCGACUGUUCUGCUCUUUGAAGCAGACACAACUGCACUGCGCCAAACCAUCACCACCUUUGGGUCCCUCAAGACCAUUCAAAUUCCUGAGCACCUGAUGGCUCAUGCUAGUUCAUCAAAUAUUGGGCCCUUCCUAGAGAAAAGAGGUUAUAUCCCAAUGCCAGAGCAGCAGAAGUCAACAUCCAGCAGCACGACUGUACCUCUCAACGAAUGGCUUCUUGGAAGCAAACCUACCAGUGGUCGUCAUGCUCCUUACCUACCCAGUACCAACCUCCAGGACUGGCUGUCCCAAAAACAGACCUUAGAGAAUAAUCAGACUUCUGCGAGAGCCUGCAAUUUCUUCAGUAAUGUCUGGGGCAACCUAACGGGCUUAGAAAACUGGCUCCUCAAGAGUCAGCAACAAGUUGUUUCUGGAAAACCAAAUUACCAAAAAUUUAACAGCCGUUCUACCACCAGUUCUUUCUCCAUUGAAGUUGAAAAGGUUGAAGAUCUAGAGUUCCCUGAUCAAAAUGAGAUGGGGUUGUCUGAUUGGCUGGUGACUCCCCAGAAACCCUUCAAGUUGGAGAAGCCUGAGGAUGGCAGCCGUGAAGCCAAUGAGAAGUUUAAGGUCUUAUUCCAGGUGUUCCAGGAGCCCUACAGUGUGAAUGAUUGGCUUGCCAGGCCUGACUCCUGUACCAACUGUUGGGGCAACCAGCCCAAAGGUGUGGAGAUUGAAAACUUGGGCAGUCUGAAGUGCUUGAAUGACCACUUGGAGGCCAAGAAACCACUGUCCACCCCCAACCUGAUUUCUGAGGAUUGGCUUGUUCAGAAUCAUCAGGACCCAUAUAAAGUAGAAGAUGUAUGCAAAGCCAAUGAACCCUGCACGAGCUUUGCAGAAUGUGUGUGUGAGGAGAAUUGUGAGAAGGAAGCUUUGUGUAGAUGGCUUCUGAAGAAAGAAGGAAAGGAUAAAAAUGGGAUGCCUACGGAACCCAAACCUGAGCCUGAGAAACAUAAAGAGUCACUGAAUAUGUGGCUUUGUCCUUCCAGAAAUGAGGUAACAGAACAAGCUAAGGCACCAAAAGCAAUGGCUUCUUCUAAAAUUGCUGAUUCCUUUCAAGUCAUAAGGAACAGUUCCUUGUCAGGGUGGCUUGUCAGACCCUCAUGCAAAGAAGGAAGUUCCAAGGAAGUUCCUAGUACUGACAGAGCUGGCAAACAAAAGCUUAAAAGCCCCAUUAUUUCUUCCUGGUGUCCCUUUAACACUGCUGACUGGGUCUUGCCAGGAAAGAAAGUGGGAAACCUCAGCCAGCUAUCCUCUGGAGAAGACAAGUGGCUACUUCGAAAGAAGGCCCAGGAAGUAUUUCUUAACUCACCCCUUCAAGAGGAACAUAAAUUCCCCCCAGACUGUUAUGGCCUCCCAGCAGUUUGCGAUCUCUUUACCUGUAUGCAGCUUAAAGUUGAUAAAGAAAAGUGGUUAUAUCGAACUCCCCUACAGAUGUGAAGGAAUGGACUACUACAGUCAAGCAGCUUCUCUGCAAAUUAUCACACAUCCAUGAAUUGGGUGAUUGCAGCUUGCCAAAUCAUUGUGUUCCUGGGUCUGACCAGUUAGCUUAGUUUCUUUCCUAAUUUUGAAUUGGUAAAGAAAAAUCUUCAAUUAUGAGUUUCUUUGUAAAAGAAAGAGGCUGUUUGUUGAUGCUGAGGUUAUUCAUUUCCUUCUUACAGAAGUAUUCACUUAAUUUGCCCCCACACUACAAACACAGCAUCUCAGUGAACAGGUUGUCACCAGUUUCCAUGGCUCCUUAGAUUGGGUUGUUAACUACAAGUACAUAAACACAGUAGUUUUAAAAGUGAAUAUUUCUGUACUUAAAGUGUGUUGAUGUAUUCUGAAGCUAGUAAACUUCCCUAAUGUUUUGAUUGCCCUUUAGAUGCUUCUUUUGCUGUGGGUUUUCUAUUAGUCGUCUGAAAUGAUUAUUAAUAUAUAGCAUAUUUCACAUAAUUAACCUUGCCAAGUCAUUUAUUUUCUAACCAAAAUGUAUUAGUAAUCUUGACAAUUUUUGACAUUACCAAAUGUUUUAGCCUAAAUGUCAGUUCUACACCAGUUUUCAUUUGAAAUUCAGCUGCUGCAAAUUUUGCCUUUAUUCCUUUCUGUGAAUUUUAAAAGUACCCAGUAAGAUAAGUUUGAAGAUUCAGUUAUUAUUAUUUAAAGACCAUUUUCAGGAUAAUGCAAUCCUUUUUUCCAGUAUUCUACAAACCCAUAUGCUUUUUGAGCCCCAGUGUUAACUAAGCAAAAAAUAGUACUUGAACUAUUAGCUAUCCUAGGGAUUAUUGGUGCAUCCUGUGUAAUGGAAGCUGAGCUUGACACCUGGUGCUUUUGACUAGGGAAAAGUCAAUGUCCUAUCACUGUAAGCACAGCAUUCCUGUACCUCCAUAAGUAUGAUGCAGUGACAUUUUAGUGCAUAGGCUGUUUUCAACCCUUGUGCCUUGGGUGUUUAUUGAAGCUUUAUGAAAAUAUUAAUAUUUUCUCAAUAUUGUUAGAGUCAUGUCCAUGCUUUAAAGUUUCUCUGUAGGAGGUGGGAUUUAUGUUCUUUUAAAAGUCUCUUGAGGUCUUAGCUGCAUUCUAAAAACUAUUAUGCCUCUUAACUGCCUAUGCUAUUGGAAAUACUUUUGGGGAAAUUCCAUGGUCCCAUAGUGACAUUGCCAUUCAGCAUCAUGGGAAUUCUUUAAACCAUAGCUCAAAAGAGCCUCAUUAUUUCUUCCUACCAGAAAUUAUUAUGAAGGUGGUUGGUAAAAACAAGAAGUCUUUCCAAUAUCUUAGGUUGUAGGUAGUUUCUUUUUGAGGUCUAACACACUAUCUUACAUGAUCAAAAUGUAAUUUACAUUAAUCACUAUACUAAUGAGUAUGUAAAACAUUCUUUUGCAAUGAUGCAUUUUAUACCUCUCCCAUUAAAAGCAUAAUAGCCA